AUGAGUACGGCAAGUGCUAUGCCUACUCCUAUGAUCUCCUCUUUGUAUUUACUGUCUACAAGUUCAGAACAAUUUGAGGAUCCAAAUCUCUUUAAAUCUAUGGUAGGUACAUUACAACAUGUUACCAUCAUUAGGCCUAACUUGAGUUUUGUUGUGAGGAAGGUUUCUCAAUUCAUGCAUAGCCCUUUACUUGCUCACUGGAAGGCUUUGAAGAGGACUUUAAGAUACCUUCAAGGAACACAAGAACAUGAUUUAGAGGAUCGGAGGUCUGUUUCAGCUUAUUAUGUCUUCUUCGGAACUGAUUUGGUUACUUGGUCUUGCAGGAAACAAACAACUAUAAGUAGUUCUUCAACUGAGGUAGAAUUUCGAAGCCUAGCAACCUGUGAAGCAGAGAUUACAUGGGUGAAGAAUUUGCUGUCUGAGUUGAAGAUUGCAUUGACUAUUGCUCCAUCAAUAUUUUGUGACAAUUUAAGCAUUGUUUUACUCACUGCAAAUCCAGUCUUACAUGAUAAAACGAAGCACUUUCAGUUAGAUAUCCAAGUUGUUCGAGAAAAGAUCAACAACAAGUCAUUACAAGUUGUACAUAUUCCUGGAAUUGAACAAGUUGCUGACAUUUUAACAAAAUCUUUGUCAACAAUCAGUUAUGAGAGGCUCAAAGACAAGCUCAGAGUUGUUUCAAGGAGCAACUUGAGCUUGAGGGGGGUAAUGAGAGCAGCAGCCCAAAGUAUAACUCAACUGUAG